CUUCGGCGGAGGACAACGGACGCUCUCCUCCUGCAGGUCUGACUUCUACCAAAAUGAGCGGCCUGGAUGAGGGCGACAGCCUCCCUGUCGCUAAAACCUGCGGUCUCGCUACUCCCGACCAUGCCCCGGGACAUCCGGACCUAAAGCAUUGUCAGGGCGAGGAAACCGGGGCCACCCUGGUGAUGGCGGACACAGGUGAGGGCGGCUUGGAGACCGCCGCAGAGGGAGGCGCGACCCGGGACCCCGCGGGCUGUGGCCUUGCGCUCCGCAUUCGGGUUGCUGGGAGUCGCGGCCGCGUAGCGACCAAAGCGGGCCAGAAAGAGGCUCCUGUUUCCACCGAGGGCCUGGAAGCAGCCUCUGUCUCCAUCUCGGUGGCAGCCGACAAUAGCCAGGAAAAUGGCUGUCAGCGUAGAGAGCUGCGCAGCCCUGCUGUCGAGAAGCCUCUAGAAGCCUGUGGCGCAGGGAGGUUGGGGUCUCAGAUGAUGCCUGGGGCGAAAGCCAAGGAAAUGACGACAAAAAAGUGCGCUGUUUCAGCAGCAGCGGAAAAGGAGGGAGUAGCGGAGGCGGUGGUGGAGGAAAAGAAGGUGAUGCAGAAGGAGAAAAAGGUGGUAGGAGGAGCGAAGGAGGAGGCCCGGGCUAGGGCCCCGAAGAUCAAUAACUGCAUGGAUUCGCUGGAAGCCAUCGAUCAGGAGCUGUCAAAUGUAAAUGCCCAGGCUGACAGGGCCUUCCUUCAGCUGGAGCGCAAGUUUGGCCGUAUGCGAAGGCUCCAUAUGCAGCGCAGAAGUUUCAUCAUCCAAAAUAUCCCAGGUUUCUGGGUCACUGCCUUUCGCAACCAUCCCCAGCUGUCACCUAUGAUCAGUGGCCAAGAUGAAGACAUGAUGAGGUACAUGAUCAAUUUGGAAGUGGAGGAGCUUAAACACCCCAGAGCAGGCUGCAAAUUCAAGUUCAUCUUUCAGAGCAACCCCUACUUCCGAAAUGAGGGGCUUGUCAAGGAAUAUGAACGCAGAUCCUCUGGCAGGGUGGUGUCUCUUUCCACACCAAUCCGCUGGCACCGGGGCCAAGACCCCCAGUCCCAUAUCCACAGGAACCGGGAAGGCAACACUAUUCCCAGUUUCUUCAACUGGUUCUCAGACCACAGCCUCCUAGAAUUCGACAGGAUUGCAGAGAUUAUCAAAGCAGAACUGUGGCCCAAUCCCCUCCAGUACUACCUGAUGGGUGAUGGGCCCCGCAGAGGAUUUCGAGACCCAGCAAGGCAGCCAGUGGAGAGCUCCAGGACCUUCAGGUUCCAGUCCGGCUAACUCCUGCCCUGUGAGAAUCUCCUGCACAAGUUUCCUUACCACCUCCUCUUGGACCUGUGCUUAGCCAACAGCAUGCAGUCUUCCAUUUACUUUCUCUUCACACUGGAUUAUUUUGUCCUUUUGUCCUUCUAAAUCCUCAAAAAUCAGUGGCAAGAUAAUCGCUUAUAUGCCUAUUCUCUUCUUCCUCUGAGCCUUCCUGCUGUUCUGCAUCGUGUUACAUGUUCCAGGUGCACGGCCUUCCACUACUUCUAUGCCAAGCACAUCAUACUGUAGAUAUGCACUCCCUUCUUUUGCAUGCCCUUGGCCCUGUCUGAUGAUAGCCUUCUCCCAGUUUUUAAAGUGGUUGACUACCACAAAGAAGCUUGAUAUACCUUUGCAAAUAAUUAGCUGGGCUUCGCUGGCUGUCCUCCUGAUACCCAUGUACUCUGUGGCAAGAUCUUUGAGUUUCACUGCUGCAAGAUGAAGCUUAUGUAGAUGAUGCCAGUCAUCAACCCAGACUGAACAUUCCAGGCUACCAGUAACUGGUUUCCAACUGUCUUCCUGGGUCCAUGCCAUCCACGCUGCUGGUUAUCUGGCAGAAUAGGCAGCUGGCUGGUGGGUGGCUACUAGGCAUGAGGUAACAGAUGACAGGUGUUCUAUGUUAUCAUGUUGGUCUUAUGCCUUUGGGCACCCUGCAUUGUGAUCACAUACUGGUGAGUAUGAAGGCCUGUGAUAUGGCCCACCCGAACCUGCACUCAGCCUUCUGGAUGAGUUUUGCACAGGCACCAUUGCCUUCCUCUUCAGGAACUAUCUGUAGACUUAAGCUCCUGGGUAGCACACAGGAACUAUCCCCUUCCCUGCCCCCCAAAUGGUUACCCAUAAACCCAAUUGGCUGUCAGGCAGGUUGGGCAGUCAUAAUAUCACAGCGUCCAAAGCAAAGCUGGUGGUGGGGUCCCUUCUAGCAGUUAGCCUUCUGGAGCCCUAGUUGACAAACCACCCUUAAUCUAGGCAACUUUAUUAGGCAUCCUCUUCUCAACCCCUCCCGCACCCUUUCUGAACACGACAAAGUUGCCAGGGCGAGGGCACCAACGAAGAGGUCUUUCUGGUCUGUGGCGCCUGUUAUGCAUGUGUCUCUUUCUCUGUCUCCCUCCCUGCCCCCUGCUUCUUCCUCUCAGCAGCAGUUACAGCUCAGAAACGGAAAACAAAACUGGCAAAGCAGGCAUUCUGUUUAAUUUGCUCUCCCUUUGAUUGUGUCCAGGAGAAAAGUACUGUGCAUCAGACUCCAGAUCUCUUAUUGCUGUCUUCUGCCCUCAUGUCUCCACCUCACUUCCUUUAGCAAAGUCUAUAAACAUUUCAAAGGAAAACCUGUAGGUUAAUUGCCUACUUAUGGGCAUUGUUUUUUUGGGGCCAA